AUGGAGAAGAAGGGAGGGCUACCUGAAUUUGGAGUCAUUAUUCAACCCUUGCCUUCAGAGGAAGAGAUGGAAGAAGCUUCAAGAAGAAGCGCCUUGGCCAUUUCGGAUCCUAAGGAAACUAUUCACAUAAAAUCUUAUAACGGACCCACCAGGGUUUCUUUAGAGGAUGUGGUAGCGGAGAAGCAUCCUGAAACGACUGAAGAGAAGAAGAAAAAAAAGAACAAGGAGAAGAGGGCAGAAGGAGAUGAAGAAGCUCAGCCAAGGAAGGAAAAGAAAGAAAGGAAAUCGAGUGAGAAGAUGGAACGCAGGCGGGAGGAGAAGCGCCUGAAGAAUAAGGAAGAAAAGAGAUAG